AUGGAGAAUAAAUGUAGAGUAUUAGAUCAGCAAGUUACACAUCACGUAGAAAAGAUUACAGGGCUACAGCAACUCGUACAGCAACUCACAAAACACGAAACCAGAAGAAAGAGAGGAGUAUUCAACUUCGUCGGACAGGUAAGUAAGAUACUGUUCGGAACAUUGGACGAAGCAGACGCAGCGUACUAUAAGGAAAGAAUAGAUGCUAUGGAAAAGAACUCUGAAGGGUUGCUGAGGUUAACUAAGGAACAGGUGGCAGUGGUAAGGGCCACAUUAGCAGGAGUAGAAUCAAACGAACACAUUCUAAGAACAGGCAUGCAGAGACUAGAAAGGUUCAUGAAGGAAUACGUAAAGGAGACAGAUUUAGGUUUCAAACGAGUAGCAACUUUUGCCACUGUAACGGAACAAGUAUUGCAAUUAGCGGCAGUGUUUGGCCAAAUCGAAGAAGAGUACGAGCAAAUGAUAAAUGCCAUUGUAAAUGCUCAAAAGGGAAUACUUCAGCCUCACAUCAUUAAUCCAGUGCAAAUUGUGAAGUAUCUAAGUUUAAUCCGAGACGAAUUAAAAGACGUGAAGUUUCCUGUUCCUCUCGCGGAGUCGUCACGCUACCUCUUGUUAAGAAUAAUCGAUCUAGAUGUUUUCAUUUCCGGUAGCAUACUAGGGUACGUAAUUAAUAUCCCUUUAAUAGGCAAUAAUAAUUUCAAUUUGUACAGAGUUCUCCCAUUACCAAAGGAGAUCCCAAAUAUGAAAGGAAGGUACAUAUACAUACAGCCAGAGAAAGAAUUUCUACUGAUAGAUGAAUCCAAAAGGCAAUACGCGAAACUUUCUGCGGAUGAUUUAAAAUGUAAAGAAUUGAGUAAGAACAAAAGUCUGUGCAGACAGUCAUUCGCAUUGUUAUCGACAUUCGACCAUGAGGAAUGCGAAGCCAAAUUAUUACAACCGGUAAGAGAAAUUCCGGAAGAUUGUGUGCGAAAAAUACUCGCACUGAAUCAGAGCCUUUUGACCCAUCUAAACAGUAACGAAUGGCUAUAUGUAGCUCCUAAGGAAGAAGGACUGACAGUAUUAUGUGGAAAGGAACCCCCGAAGGAUUUAUUAAUGAAAGGGGUAGGAAAGAUAAGUUUUUAUAGUAAAUAUAAAGGGUAUGGAACGAUGGUGUUCAUACAAACAGAUAGAGUGAUUCAUAGCAACGUAACAAAGAAAGAUAUAAUACCUCAAAUUAAUUUAGAAUUUGACUGUUGUGUUGUAAACGAAGAAAAGAAAAAUGUCUCAAUGCUAACGUUAGAUUUACCAUUGGAGCAAGUAGUAACACAAUUAAACGACUUGAAAGUCGCUGGGAAAAGGUUGGACGAUGUCCAGCGGAUGGCAGAAAGGCAGGAGGAAGAACUAAAAUACUCCAGAUACUUUACCCAUUACUCAAUGCAGCACGCGGCCAGGGCAUGCAUCAGCCAGUGUCAGUCGCAGACGUCUCCUCCGCCAACACAGUUGUGUGUGCCGUGGAAGACGGCCACGGACGCCAACCUGUCGCCUCCGUCAACGUUGGCAACCCGCGACGCAGCUAGCUACAGUGCCGUGCCUGGUCGCCGGCCUGAUGCCUCCGAGUGUAGUCUAGUGCAGUGUAGGGCGGCGCGCCCCGAGCAAAUGGCCCGCCGCGGCGCAGCCUGCAGCGGCAGCGGCGACGCCGAGGCGGAGGGCCGCGAUAUCGAUUCUGGUCCGCGGCGAACUCAGUACGCGUGUGGUCAGCGGCUUAAUGGAAGGCGGCCCCGCGAGGGCCGUCACUCUUCACGCUGA